UAACCACUUGAUAAAUAUUAUAAUAUUUGUUUAUAAUUAACUAUUAAUAUUAGUAUAUCAUAUAAAAAUGUACAAAUACUAAAGUACCAUUGAAUUUUGCAACAGUUUUAAUAUUUAAUUACUUGAAUUAAUUUAAAAUGUCUACAUUACGUUGGGGUAUCGUUAGUGCAGGAAAAAUAAGUCAUGAUUUUACAUCGGCACUUUCUACUUUACCGGAGAGUGAACAUAAGGUAGUUGCAGUUGCGGCUAGAGAUUUGUCAAGAGCCAAGGAAUUCGCUAAGGUACAUGGCAUUCCGAAUGUAUAUGAUAAUUAUGAAGCAUUAGCAAAAGAUUCUGGAAUUGAUAUAGCUUAUAUUGGAAGCUUAAAUCCUCAACAUUAUGAAAAUGCAAAACUUAUGUUGGAAAAUGGAAAACAUGUAUUAUGUGAAAAACCACUCACCAUGAAUGCAAGCCAAACUAAAGCAUUAAUCAAAGUGGCCAAGGAAAAGAAAUUAUUUUUAAUGGAAGCUGUUUGGUCACGAUGUUUUCCAGUUUACAAAGAACUUAAAAAAGCAUUAUGUAGUGGAGUUAUUGGUGAUGUUAAACAAGUAACUGUUGGUUUUGGAUUUCGUCUGGAACAUGUUGAUCGACUUAUGAAAAAAGAAAUGGGUGGCGGAACCAUUUUAGAUUUAGGAAUAUAUACAUUACAAUUUCAACAAUUUAUAUAUGAUCACAAAAAACCUUUAGAAGUACAAGCUACAGGACAUGUAACAGAUACGGGAUGCGAUAUUGCAAUGAAUGCUGUCAUUAAAUACGAGAACAAUCAACUUGCUUCAAUACAAACUUCAGGCUUAUGUGAAUUGACAAAUGAAGCGGUUAUCGUUGGGACUAAGGGAAUAAUACGGGUUCCUAACUUCUGGUGUCCCACUCAGCUAAUGUUACCCAAUGAAACAAAAGAAUUUCCCCUGCCAAAGUGUAAACAUGAAAUGAAUUUUGUAAAUAGUGUUGGUUUACGAUAUGAAGCUGCCGAGGCACGUGAAUGUAUUUCAAAAGGUUUACAAGAAUGUCCAUCAAUAACAUGGAAUGAAUCCAUACAAUUGGCUGAGCUAGAGGAUACUCUUCGUAAAAUACUUGGAGUUAAAUUUCCAGAGGAUUCACAAACAUAUUAAAUAUAAUUUGAUUUAACUAAUUUUUAUUUCAAUUUUGAUGUC